AUGGCAGCCCGCUUCUUUCAGCUACUCUUUGUGGCCUUGCUGGCCAGCUUGACUCUGGCCUCGCCUCUUCCGGGUGGCGAACUACAGGUGUUGCAGCCAAGACAGUCGUGCAACACGGUGGCCAACCGGCAGUGCUGGUCGUCUGGGUACAGCAUCACCACUGACUAUGAGACGAGCACACCCGUGACGGGUCAUACACAGACGUAUACGUUCACGAUAAGUGAAGUGAACAAUUAUGUCGGCGGCGAUGGCGUGGUCAAAGCCAAGGCGAUGCUUGUGAAUGGAAUUUUCCCUGACUGGGGUGACCGCAUCAACGUGACGAUCAUCAACAACUUGGUGACGAAUGGCACUUCUAUCCAUUGGCACGGCAUCCGCCAGCUCAAUUCCAACCAAAACGACGGCACCAGCGGCAUCACCGAGUGUCCCGUGCGGCCUGGAGGGAGCAAGACGUACUCUUUCCUUGCCACGCAGUACGGGACGUCGUGGUACCACUCACACUUCUCGGCCCAGUACGGCAACGGCGUACUGGGCGCCAUUGUGAUCAACGGGCCGGCGUCGGCCAACUACGACGUCGAUCUCGGUCCGCUGCUCAUCUCCGACUGGUAUUAUGCGCCCGUCGACACCACACUGGCCCGCGUCAACAACCCAAACAAUCCCUUCAUUCCGGGUUUCCCCGGAUCCACGCCGCCCAGCGACAAUAUCCUGUUCAACGGCAAGAACAUCAACCCCAAAGGCAGCGGCGGCAGCUACCAGACGAUCGCUCUCACGCCCAACAAGGCCCAUCUGCUGCGCAUCAUCAACCCGUCCGUCGAGAACACGUACACCGUCUCGCUCGUCGGCCACUCGUUUACGAUUGUGGCCACCGACCUGGUGCCCGUGCAGCCCAAGACCGUGACCAGCCUCUACGUCGCCGUCGGCCAGCGCUACGAUGUCAUCAUCAAUGCCACGGCGGCCUCGGGUCUCUACUGGCUCAACGUGACCAUGCCCACCGGCCCCUGCGGUAUAAGCAACAACCCGCGGCCGGCCGCCAUCGUGUCGUACGUGGGCGCGACACCCCCCAAGCCGACACCCACCAGUGCCGGCACAGCGCCACCGGACCCGAGCUGCGCCGACCCGCCGGCGUCCUUCUUCACGCCCAUCGUGUCGCGCACGGCCCCCGGCGCAUCCACCUUCUCGCCCAACUCGGGCGACACCCUCAACACCAACAUGAUUCUCAGCCAGAACGGCGUUGCGCGCGUCUUCUGGCCCGUCAACAACUCGCCCAUGAACGUCUCGUGGAACCAGCCCACGCUGCAGUACGUCCUGAACGGCACGACCGGCAGCAUGCCGACCCCCGAGAACGUCGUGUCCGUGCCCUCCGCGGGCGUCACCACGUACUGGCUCAUCCAAAACAACUCGCCCAUUCCGCACCCCGUGCACCUGCACGGCCACGACAUCAUGGUCCUGGGCGCGUCGCCGGCGCUGGCCCAGCCGCUGCGCCCGGGCUACACGCUGCGCCCGUACAACCCGGCCACGGACGCCGUCAACCUGCGCGGAAACAACCCGACGCGGCGGGACACAACGAUGCUGCCGGCCUGGGGCUGGCUGGUGGUGGCGUUCCAGACGAACAACCCGGGCGCGUGGCUGUUCCACUGCCAUGUGGCCUGGCACGUCUCGCAGGGGCUCAGCGUACAAUUCCUGGAACAGCUGGGCGCGAUUCCGCAAAAGGUCGACUUGAGCAACAUCAACAGCCAGUGCAGCACAUGGGGCGCAUACUAUCCAGCCAACGACCCAUUCCAUCAGGACGACUCUGGUGUCUAG